CGUCGUCAUCAGGCAGUCAGGCAGACAGGCGGACGGACAGAACAGACAGACAGACAGCUCAGCUCUCGCCUCCCCGCUGCGGUCAUCAGCAGAGAAUGAGAAUGGCCCGUCCUUCUUCCCUGCCCUUCCCUUCUUUUCCCUUCCCUUCCCUCCCGUCGACGAGCUGGACCUGACCUGCUUUGUCUGGGCACUCCCCCAAAACGUCAUAAUCUGCGUCAUAGCCUACCCAUGGAUGCGGGAGAGAGCGUCGACACCUCACUACCUGACCUGCAUUACCUGACCUGACCUACAUUUCCUGCUACUACCUACCUUACCUACUGCUACUGUACUCACUCUCACUCACUCACCUACCUACUCCAUGCUCCGGAGUCUCCACGCAUGCCUCUUGCCUGUGUCCUCCCACCGACCAAUCCGCUCUCUUUUCGCCCUGCUGCCCUUCACCACCACCACCUCCUCUCCCCCAGCCCAGCGCUCUCUUCAGAAUUGAGAACCACACCCUCCCAGCCCACCAGGCACCAGCACUCCUGCUCGCUGACUCCUCUUCCACUCUCCCUCCCGCCGUCCUCCCUCACCUUCGCUGCCGCCCGACCCGUCCAGGGCUGAGCACUAGCUUCCCACCACCACCACCACCAAUUCGCAUACCCUAACCAUGUCGACAAUACAGAACCUCAAGAACUUCAUCCGCCACGGGAAACAGGCUCGUGACGGCCGCUCGCCGCAGGAUCAGCCCACGACGCACGUGUCUAAUGUCCACGCUCAGCAGCAACGGGUGGCACCACCAGCACAACAGCAAGCCCACGGCUUCAGUGAUCCCAACGUCUAUGAUCGCAAGCCCAUACCUGCCAAUGUACCGCACGGUGACUACUCUGCCGCCGCCAUUGAUAACAGGAAUGUAGCCGCCAAAGCCGGCCAUGCUGCCGAUCGCGCCGUCGAGGACAGGCAGAAACGAGAGCAAAAGCAAAAGGACUACGACCCGCAAGUGCUCGAGCGCAUCGUGGCCGAAGAGCGCGAGAGCAAAGGCAAGCUACCCAAGUACCCGGGACUGGAUCGAUGGGCGCUCCAAGAGAAGAUGGGUGACGGCGCCUUCAGCAACGUCUACCGCGCGAGGGAUACGCAGAACGUCUAUGAUCAGGUCGCCAUCAAAGUCGUGCGAAAGUUCGAGAUGAACUCCACACAGGGCGUCCUCCAUCCGGAUUAUGAAAAGAAAGCUCCCAAGGGCGUGGAGAGAGCAAACAUCCUCAAAGAAGUGCAGAUCAUGCGUCAGCUCGACCACCCCAAUAUCAUCAAGCUCAUCGACUUCUCCGAGUCACGGCAAUACUAUUACAUCGUCCUGGAACUGUGUCCGGGCGGCGAGCUGUUUCAUCAGAUUGUUCGUCUGACCUACUUUAGCGAGGAUCUGUCGCGACACGUCAUCUACCAGGUGGCCACGGCGUUGCAAUACUUGCAUGAGGAAGCCGGUGUGGUGCACCGUGAUAUCAAACCUGAGAACCUCCUAUUCUACCCUACCCCAUUUGUACCCACUAAAAACCCCAAGCCGAAAGGUCCCGAAGAUGAAGACAAGGCAGACGAGGGCGAGUUCGUGCCUGGAGUGGGAGCAGGCGGCAUUGGCGUGAUCAAGAUUGCAGAUUUCGGCCUGUCCAAGGUCAUCUGGGACAGUCAGACCAUGACGCCCUGCGGCACGGUCGGCUACACGGCUCCAGAGAUUGUCAAGGACGAACGCUACUCGAAGAGUGUCGACAUGUGGGCAUUGGGCUGCGUGUUGUAUACGCUCCUCUGCGGCUUUCCACCAUUUUAUGACGAGAGCAUCCAGGUACUCACGGAGAAGGUUGCACGAGGACAAUAUACCUUCUUGUCACCGUGGUGGGACGACAUUUCCAAGUCUGCUCAGGAUCUGGUCUCGCAUCUACUGACUGUGGACCCGGAAAAGCGAUACGAUAUCAACCAGUUCCUGAACCACCCUUGGAUUCGAGGUGCCACCAACGAGCCCACAUAUGCAGCGGCCGAUGCUCCCCCGCUUGCAACGCCGCUACAUACGCGUGCUGGUCAGAUGUCCACCGGCUCACCGAUGAAGCCCGACUUUGCAUACCUCGACGAGACCCCUGGUGGCCGCCGACAAGACUUCCGAUCGCCUGGUGCCGUGAACUUGCGUGAAGUGUUUGAUGUCGGAUACUCCGUGCACAGGCAGGAAGAAGAGAGCAAGCGGAGAAAGAACUUCAAGCAAGGCUUCCGAGGCGGCAACUCCCUCAAUGCGCUGGAUGAAGAGUAUGCCGACGACGAGGAGUACGAAGGCACAUCCGAGCCAUAUACAAACGCACAGGCUCCCCCUGCAAAGGUGCCCAAGUCGGGUGCUCCUGAUGUGGGUGGUGUGGAGAAGCAAAUGCGAAACACCAACUUGUCAGCUGCUGCGCAGGCUCGUCAAGCAGCAGCCCCCAAGGCAAGCCAGGCUCGCGGCUAUGGCCAACACUCGCCCGAAGUUGCCGCUGCUGCAAAGCGUCAAGUACGGAACAAGGCGGGCGCGUUCGAGCUGAGCCUUGAUAACGCCACUCUUCUCGGCCGCCGCAAGAAGCCGGAGCCGAGCAGCUUGAGGCAUGCCGAGGUGGUGCAGUGAGAAUCUGAUGAAGUGUUCAAACAUUGUUCACAAAUGGUCAUGGGAUAAUGAUAUGGUUCAUGUCGGGAGGUCGUCAUUCGUAUCCACUCGACGAGCUGCUCAGAUGUAGCAUUUCGUGUUUAGAAGGGGUAGAAUGCGGCACAGAGGUGCAUAUUAGGCGUUAAAAAUGCGGACAGGGCGGACCUGUAGACCGCCGAAUCGACAGACAGCAUUAGCAUGGGAGUUUGAGAUGAAUGUUCCCAUUGGCCUCCACUCCACCCUGCGUCACUCUUGGGGCGUGAUAUAGAUCACACACGCCUUUUGCUUCCCGGACUUUGGUUCCCCAGUCCCCCGUGGCACAGGUGUGGUGACGGGGAGCGCAAGAGUUUGAUCGAGCCGCCUCGCAUGUGAGAAGGAAGAAAAAGGACCUGGAAACCAAAGGACUAGAUUGACGCCUUGGCCUCCUAGGUAGUUUACAUGUAGUUACGGUAUGAAUAG